CAGAUUGCAGGUAUUGCUAUUGUCAGUCCGUAUUAUCACUUGGGCCGGCGUUCGCAACGACCAGAAUCAUCCAUCCUUUUUACACGCCCCACGAAUGGAUUUUACGGCAUUUACGCCGCGAUUAUCAAUGGCGACAUAGCGCUGAUGCUGGCAGCUUUCAUGUCCAUAACAGCCGAAUUUCUUCCGAUGCUGUUGGCCAAUGUACCGUACAACCUAACUCAGACGCUCAAUUCCCACAAAAUCUGCUCAAUUAUCAGUCUGACGAUCUUGGCGCUGAUGAUCGUGGCUGUGGGGGCAAGUUUAUUCAUCAAGUGGCCCGAGAUGCCAGUCGAUCCCCGGAGCAUUGCCGGCGCAAUGUAUUACAUCAACGAAAGCCAAAUGUUGGAUGACUUUGAAGGUCUAUCGCAGCUGUCUUCGAUGGAUAGAAUGAAGAAAGUUGGGGAAUUGGGGCGGAGAUACUUUUACGGCGCUCUGACCGGAAAACAUGGCCGGCGUAUGGGCGUUGACUCGGUGGAGAGCGUCGAAGACACUGUGUAUACCGGGGCGAACUGGCUUCCACCGCAUGAUGAUAGCGGUGACCUCGAUCAAGAGACACCACCAUAUCAGGCUCCAGCUACGGUCAGUUUGGGAAGAGAUCCUGGCCCAAGACACAAUAUUCCAUAUCACGAAGAAGGGGAUUGGGUGUGA